GGGAGGGCCGGCAGAUCAGGAGCGACGUCGCCGCCGCUGGGUCUAUAAUCUUCCUUCCCUUCUAUAUCGCUGGCUUUUUAGAGUUAUUUUUUUUCUACCUUUAUUUAUUUAGCGCUUUGUUUUCGCUGACGUUUUACAGUUAAGGGUUUUUUCCCCCUUCCAAGAAGCAGCAGCAGAGAGAGGAGCAUCUCCUCGUUCCCAAGCUCCGGGAGGAAACCUCGCUUUCAGGCUCUUGCGGAGAAGGCGCGGCCGGUCCCGCCGCCAAGGACAAAAGAGGAGCCCGGCCCCGGCCCCGGCCCCGCCGCCGCCAUGAGCAGCGCCGAGAUGGGCAAGUUCAACAUCUCCCCCGACGAGGACAGCAGCAGCUACAGCUCGAACAGCAACGAUUUCAGCUACCCCUACCCCACCAAGCCGGCCGCCAUGAAGAGCCACUAUGCAGAUAUUGAUCCAGAAAAUCAGAAUUUCUUGCUGGACUCCAGUGUUGGAAAGAAGAAAUAUGAAACUCAGUAUCAUCCGGGUACUACUUCCUUUGGAAUGUCAGUAUUUAAUCUGAGCAAUGCUAUUGUGGGUAGUGGCAUCCUUGGUCUUUCUUUUGCCAUGGCUAACACUGGAAUUGCUCUUUUUGUGAUACUCCUGCUGUUUGUUUCGAUAUUUUCUUUGUAUUCAGUGCAUCUCCUUUUGAAGACUGCCAAUGAAGGAGGAUCUUUAUUGUAUGAACAGUUAGGAAUGAAGGCAUUUGGCAUGGCUGGAAAACUUGCCGCUUCUGGAUCAAUUACAAUGCAGAACAUUGGAGCUAUGUCAAGCUACCUCUUCAUAGUGAAAUAUGAGUUACCAUUGGUCAUCAAGACAUUUAUGAACAUCGAAGAUACUACAGGAGAAUGGUAUCUUAACGGUGACUAUUUAGUGCUGCUGGUAUCUGUCAUCCUGAUUCUUCCACUUUCCUUACUGAAAAAUUUAGGAUAUUUGGGCUAUACCAGUGGCUUUUCCUUACUGUGCAUGGUCUUCUUUCUGAUUGUUGUAAUUUGGAAGAUGUUUCAGAUUCCUUGUCCUAUGGACAGUGACGUCUUGAAUAUAACAAUAAAUGGAACACUGGUAUCUUUGGCAAAUGAAAACAUAACAAUUGAUGAUAUGUGUAAGCCAAAGUAUUUCAUCUUCAAUUCACAGACUGUGUAUGCUGUCCCAAUCCUAACAUUUUCUUUUGUCUGCCAUCCUGCAAUUCUUCCAAUCUAUGAAGAACUGAAAAGCCGAAGCCGUAAAAGAAUGAUGAAUGUGUCCUAUGUAUCUUUUUUUGCCAUGUUCCUCAUGUAUUUAUUGGCUGCUCUCUUCGGAUACCUGACAUUUUAUGGAAAAGUUGAACCAGAACUGCUUCAUACCUACUCUGCUUAUCUGGGUGCUGACGUUCUUCUUCUUAUUGUGCGUCUUGCUGUGCUUAUGGCUGUAACCCUUACUGUACCAGUAGUUAUUUUCCCAAUUCGCAGUUCCAUUACCCAGCUGUUGUGGGCAGGGAAGGAGUUUAGAUGGUGGCGUCACUGUUCCAUUACAGUUGCUCUUCUGACAUUUACCAAUGUCCUUGUUAUCUUUGUCCCUACUAUUCGAGACAUCUUUGGAUUCAUUGGUGCAUCUGCAGCUGCCAUGCUGAUCUUUAUACUUCCUUCUGCCUUCUAUAUCAAAUUAGUGAAGAAGGAACCAAUGAAGUCAGUGCAGAAGAUUGGGGCUGCAUUCUUCUUACUAAGUGGUAUACUUGUGAUGACUGGGAGUAUGACACUGAUUAUUCUAGACUGGACCCAGAACGUUCCAUCUGAUGGCCAUUAACUGUCCUGGUUUAAUCUGUAAUACUCCACUUCAAAUGCCAGUGUUCACUCAGAUACCUACUGAGAAUGCAGAUGAGCUAUUCAGCUUCCUUUAAAAUGCAGAUUCUUUGUUGAUGGUUCUUCUGAUUGUAGAAUACUCAAACUGUCUUUAAGAAACUAUUCUGCAUGAUGGAAGUGGAUAUUAACAUCAAACCACGUGAGUGUCUGGCUGAAGGAAGUGACAACUUUAUUCCAUUCCAGAGAAUGGACAGAACUCUCUGUAGACUUUUAUCAAGCCAUGUUUGGCUUUCAUCGUUGUUACUUGGAUAUUUUGUUAUUUUACUUGAAUGUGCCUAAUGGAACCAUUUGAUGUGAGAAAUAACUCUUUAAUUUACAGCAAAGUGUUUAAAUAACCAAUGAGAGAGAGAAAGAGAAACACUAUUAUUUUUUUGUACCAAAAAUUCUUAAGGACCUCAAAAGCACUAUUUUGACUUUAAGAAACAUUUUUCUAAAAAAAAUUAAUAACAUAAAAGAGCUCCUACAAAUAUUUAAUCAGUGCCCUAGAUUAAAUCUAAUUUGCCUUUCUGUAGAGGCAUAAUUAGAAGAAAUUUUAUUUUUAAAAAUGCUUCUGAUGACCAAAUCGGAAAAUAAAUCAUUUAAGUCAAAAUGAUCUAAUUAUAAAUGAUUCUCAUAAAAUUAAUUUAGUUCAAAGUAGAGUGAAAAUAAUCCUGAAAAUCAUUUGCCAGUUUACCUAAGUAAUUACAGUUACCUUAGUUUCAAAAAAAUGGUGUGGAAACCCAAACUUUCAGGCUUUAAAAAAAAAACACCACCACCCUUUAAAACGGGUACGUUUGAGAAAAACAGCUAAUCUAGAAAUCGUAACAAUGGCAUUGACAUUUCCCUUCUUGAGGUACUCAAUAGUGCAAUUGGGUAAAACAGGGUUUGGGGGAUUUUCCUUUUUUAUUGUGUUGUUGGUUUUUUUUUCUGUUGUAGAUAAAAACUGCGUGGCACUGGAGCAUAUUGUGCCAUUAACAGAAAACUCUCUCCUGGAGUUCACUUUAUUACUAAGGUCCACUGUCAGUUGUAGCAACUUUGGUUGUUUAUUUUUUUCUGUCUGAUUUAUCUUGAAACACUCUGUAGGAAAACAAAAAGGUCCUAUUGUAGCUUACUAGUUGUAUAAUAUUCAAAAAGUGUACAGUAUUUCUCAAAUUACUCAUCCAUUAUUGGAUUUUGAAUUACUUGACUAUUCUGUUUCUGAGUCAAAUCCACAAAAUAAUUGCACCAGUAUUCCAUGCUUGGUACAAGCUCUCUUUGCAUACACAACUGGGAUUCCUCUUCCAAUUUAUACUGUAUAGUAGUAUUAAAGGUAACCUCAUAGACUGGAUAGUCAUCUCAUACUUGUUUGCUUCAGAAAUAGGCAAGUUUCUUUUGAGCCUUAGCUGGCUGAUGAACCAGGUGCUGUAUGGUUGUGAUUAGCUGUUUUGUUUCUAGUGCAUGUUUACUCUUUCAUUCUUAUCCCAGGUUGAAGAGAAAAAACACAUGUAUAACAGCGUACUUGGCUUCUCAAACACAACAAUAUUGGGUACAAAAGCCUAAAUAGAGAUUAUUAAUGAAAUAAUCAUGGCAAUGUGGUCAACUGUCUUCAUCUGACAUACUUUAAAAAUCCGUUUUACAAAAUUCUACUUGGUUGUUGGGUCAGAGGGAACAAGUAAGGGCCUGUAAUCCACUGAUUAAGCAGUACCUGAGACUUUCUGCUCUUGUAGAAUUAAUCGGGAACAAAUCUAAAUGACAGUCAUUGUUUGGCAGAUAAUGCCAAUCUCUGCCCAGCCAUUUGAAAACUAUGAAAAAAGAUGGCAAGUGUUUUGUAUUGAUACUUAUGCAUGACUGUAAGUACUGGUCACUAAGUCUGUAGCGUGAAACUGUAAUGAGAAGUUAGAAUCCUCUUGUGUUGUUCGUAUUAUUAGUUCAGUGGUACUCAACUGGCAGUUAACCAUCCUGGAGUCAGCACUGACCAACACUCCUUAGGUACUUCUCUGCCUCAGGUACUGUACAUCCAUGGCUUACUAUCCUGUGUUACCUGAUCUCCACAGAAGUGCUGAGUGUCUGCCUCCUUGGUACUUAGGCAGCUUUUCUUCUUCCUUUCUGCAAAUGUAGAGAGGUGGAAGAGGAUUAAAAUAUUGUCUAGCUUUGAGCAAUUUGUAGCAAACAAGGGAUUAAGCGUUUCCCUUGCCAGCAUUAAAAAAAAAAAAAAAAAUACAUGGAAGUGAGAAGUAACCUCCUUUCAGUAACCACAGAAAAAGAAGGGGGUAUAAAUGAGAAGUUACUACACAGUCCUUCUCAGGAGCCAGAGAGGAGGAAGAUUUUUGUGAUGACACCUCAUAAUAUACACAUCACUUAAUUCUCUGAAUGUAGCAAUUUCCAGAUUUUACAUUGUGUGUUCUAUCAUUUGAUGACUGACUCUACCUGCAACAGUUGAGUUCCACUUGGCUGGGUUGAUUUCCAACAUAUGAUUUUUAAUUACAUUUUUUUUCUGCUUAAAGUUACCUACAUUGCAAACCACCCAGAAGAGCAGCUUCAGUAUUAAACCACUGUUUUGUCACCUCAGUUAGACAUUAAUGUCUUCCAUGAUAUUUCAGUCAUAAAUGUAACAUGUUAUUUAUAAAACAGUAAUCCAUUAAAACUAAACCUAUUUUUCAAUAUUUAUGAUAGUCUAUGUACAUAAAUUGUAUGUGUGUAUAUACUGUAAGUAUAAUGUAUAUAAUGUAGGUUUGGAAUCUGGGAUUUAUGUAUAUAUUCCUCUCUCAUUACUGAUGUUACAUCAUUUCAAGGAGUUCAUGUUGUACAUCUGUACAACAACUGUCAAAGGAAAGACUUCUACAACAGAAUGUAAUGCCUACAGCAAUGGAAGAAAUGUGUUACACCUAAGGUGUGUAAGAAAACACUAAGAUUGUAUUUAUUACAAAUGUAUAUGUUGCAAUAAACACAGGAGUCAUUUGGGUCCAUAAAAAGCAUCGUUCAGGUUCAUGUAUACUUUUCCUCUAAAAUUUACCUUGGAUGUAACGAUUUCCUGAAUGCAGCAACUUAACAGCUUUUACAAUCUAACAUAUUUGUUAGGCCACCAAAUUCAGGUAUCCUGCGGUACAUCCAUGUACAUAUGUAAAUACCCACUGUAUUGUUAGAGGCCAACACUCUAGCUACAGUUGUUGGCAGGGAGUGCAACACAGUUUCAAUGAAACAUUGUAUGUUUGUUUUAACUGAAAUAAAUAAAUAGAUAAUCCUAAA